UUUGUCUCUCUCUCUCUCUCCAUAACCGUCCAUAGCUUUUGAUAUUUCUCUCUCUCUCUCUCUCACCAACUAAACACAAAAUAAAAAACCCAUUUCAUUUCUGUUUCUCAUUCAAAAAUACCAAACUCACACAACACACACAUAUUUGAAAGCACAACAGCACGUACAUACAUACAUACUUGUUCGCCAAGUCUCCUAUUCCUAGAAUCCAUACUAUCUUCCUCAAUCUACAAAAAGCCCAUCAUCCCAUUUCAUACUUCAUUGAAUAUAGUAACACCCAAUUCUCCAAUUUUCGAUUUGCUUUAAUAUCAGCCAAACCUUACUUUACAUUGUGUUUAAUUGGGUACAGAUUCUUAGUCAUAUGGGUUCUUCGUUUGCUUUUGUUACCAAUAUAUAAGUACAUCAAUAUCUGAUUCUCAAAAAAAAAAAAAAAAGUACAUCAAUAUCUUCAUUUUUUUUCUUUUGGUUCCAAAUUAAAGCAUACAAUUCUUGGGAUUCUCUUUUUCUUAAAUCAUCUACUGUUUAGCUUUCAAAAAAAUCAUCUACUGUUUCUUUUUCAACUCUAAGUUCGUACACUCCGUACAAAUAUACACGUUCCUGCAUGGAAAAAAGAGCAACCUCAAAUCUUUAACCUCUUUUCUCUUUAGGAUUUAGUUUAGUUUGCAAAAAUCACUCUUGGCCUUUGCUUUUUUUUCCUUAACAAAGUUACAGUUUCUUUCUUUGUUUUUCUGAUAUGGAAUAUAGCAAUGUUGUUAAUCAAAGUUUGUUACCGUCAACCGAAGAAAUUUCAAACACACGUGAUUCAUCUCCACAUGGGCUUUCGGAGACUUCAUCCUCGUACACUUCAGCCUCGUCGGAAAAACUAAAAUCCGACGACAUGGGUGUCGAGGAUUCACUCUCCGAGAGCCUCUCCGAUGAAGAAGAACCGUCGGUUUCCGACAGCGAGAGUGCCGUGUCCUGCGCCAGUUACGAGCAGUUUCGUCUGUUCGACGAAGGUUUGGGAUUGGUAAAGCUUGACGAAGGCGAAAAGGUUUACGACAUCAUCAAGAGAAAAUUCAUGAUGAGUUUUGAGAGGCUUGGAGUGCAAGCAAGCGUGGUGAGCAUUCACAAGCAUGUUUACUUGGGCGUGAAGGAACAAGCGAGGUUGAAUUCGUUUCAGAUUUACGCUAAGGCGGUUGAGAACAAAUGUGGUGGCAAUGCCAGCAUCAAAUAUAGUUGGUUUGGUGGUUCAAAGGAGGACAUAACAAAGAUUGUUUCCUAUGGAUUUGGUCUAAAUGAAAUGUCUCAAAAUAAUGGAUUGUAUGGUUCUGGUGUUUAUCUUACUCCGGAUUCUUCUCCUUUAGAAAGUGCGUGCAAUUCGCCGGUUGAUAAGGAUGGUCUAAGACAUCUUUUGUUGACUCGAGUUAUAAUGGGGAAAUCAGAGGUUGUAUCGAUUGGUUCUGAGCAGUGUCAGCCUAGUUCUGAAGAAUUUGAUUCGGGAAUGGACAAUCUUCAGACCCCUACCAAGUAUAUUGUUUGGAGCACCCACAUGAACACUCAUACCUUGCCUGAGUACAUUGUGAGUUUCAGAGCUCCCCCUAGCUUAGCAGGAUUUGUAAGAACUAAAAGGCAGCCAUGUGAACCAACUUCACCUUGGAUGCCAUUUCCAGUUCUAAUUUCAGAACUCUCAAAGUUCUUACCUACACAAUCUGUUUCCUUGAUCCGCAAGCAUCAUGAAGCUCACAAAGAGAGGAAGCUUUCAAGAAAUGAACUGAUACAACGAUUAAGACAUCUAGCAGGAGAUAGGCUGUUGAUUGCAAUUAUCAAGUCAUUCAGAACCAAGCAACUUAAGGCUCGCACAGGCCUUAAAUAGGUAGUUGGCUUGAAGUGAAUCGUGGAUGGGAGUAAUAAAUAUCAUAAUCAGAGCACAGACAGUACAGAAGAAUCAAUUUUGCGUGGAGGAAAAUAGGGGCAGUUGUGAGUUGCUGUCAAGAAUCAGAAUGAUUGAGAAUGCAAAUUAUGUUGACAUGUUCAGUUUAUGGAAAUGGAUGGUGAGGAACCUAGCUAGCAGAGAUGCCAGAGGGGAUAAGUGGAAUUUUCUCAUUUGUUUUUGGUGUAUAUUGAUAGUAUAAUCUUAGCUAUUAGUUUUUACCUAAUGGACUCCUUUUUUCUGUUGUAAUCACAUGGUUGCUUUAUCAAUGGAAAUGAUAUUGUGAGCUGUUUUUGACCUCAA